AUGUCGCCCUCUCCCCGAGUGGAGCUGUCCCCGGUCGAGAGCGCCCUGCUCCACCUCGCUUCCGCCCCCGAGCGAGCGUCGCCUGUCGUCCAGGCAGCGUGCAGUGCCGUGCCCGAGCCGGCCUUGACGUCGCCCCUCGCCCACGCCGUCUUCCACCUCGAGCGCAACCAGGUCAGCGGCCGGCUCGAGGCGGGAGUGCGCCUGUCGAGCGACAACAUCGGCGACGACGACCAGGCCAAGCAGGAGGACCUCCUCGCACUCGCCGUAUCGGCCCUGCACGCCUACGCCCAGGUCAACUGGACCGGCCCGUCCCUCCCCCUCGCGCCUCUCGCCCUCUUCGACCCCGACCAGGUCAAGCAGCUCGAGCCGCCCGCGACCGAGCAGGAGCUCAACGACCUCGCCAUCGACCAGCUCGCACUCGGCGGCGAGCCCGUCUACCACCUGUCGAAGCAGACGCCGUUCCUCUACCUCGCCCUCCAGCUCCUCGGCCUCCCGUACGGCCCGCAAUGGGCAACCCGCCUCCCGUCGCUCGCGACGUGGCGCCUGCGCGCCGGCAUCAUGUGGCUCAAGAUCCUCGACGAGCCCGUUCCCCUGCCCGCCUACAUCGCCUCGUCCGCCUCGGCCCUGCGCCUCGCCCUCCCGCACGGCGCCGACCGCGCGACGACGACCCUGUCGCUGUCGCUCCUCGCGACGCUCCUCUCGCGCGCGAGCCCGCACAGCCGCGCCCAGAAGGAGGCGAGCGACCUCGCGCAGCAGGCCGCCGACGAGGUCAAGCUCGAGUGGGAGUUGACGGGCCGCAUGGGCAAGCGCACCAAGUGGCAGGUCGACGAGAAGACGCAGCUCGUCGUCCUCGCCCGCGACGAGACGAGCGCGGCGUCGGCGGCGGCGCGAGCGAGCGAGGCCAGGGCCAACGAGGCGGCGAGCGACGGCGAGGCGGGCAAGGCGGUCGUGCCCGAGGUGCUCAACCUCAACGACGACACGCUCCUCGAGAAGACGGCGUUCACCGCGUCCUCGACGGGCGAGGGCCAGGCGGCACCAGCAGCGCCGGCCGCAGCAGGCGACGACGCCGACCCGGCGGCGCUCGGUAGCCUCGACCCGUCCGAGCAGCCGUCGAUCUCGCCGUUCUCGCAGGCCGUCCUCCUGUCGCUGUCGCUCGCGACCCUGCCCGCGCCGACCGCCCUCAUGCACCUGUCGGCCGACGUCCUGUCGUCGUCCCAGAUCAGCGCGUUCGUCGCUCGCGUCCUCGACGACCCGCAGAACUGGUCGGUGCACAGCAUGGCGCUCCUCCUGCGGUGCCGAGGCGAGGCGGGCCGGUCCCGCACCGUCGAGCGCGGCGUCCUCCAGAUGCAAGCCCUCGUCGACCAGCUCAAGGACGGCUCGCCGACCGAGAUCAGCGCCAUCUCGUCCGCCGUCAAGGACGCCGACGUCGCCGCCGCGCGAGAGCGCCUCGCCCAGUUCCACGCGCUCAACCUCCCGCCGGCGUGGGAGAUGGAGCGCGAGCUCGCCGUCCGGUACACGUCGCUCGGCGUCGUCAAGUCGGCGCUCGACAUCUUCACCCGCCUCGAGAUGUGGGACGAGGUCGCUCGGUGCUGGAUGACGCUCGAGCGGCCCGACCGCGGCGUCCAGGUCAUCCGGGACCUGCUCGAGGGCGCCAAGAGCGAGAGCGACGCCGUCAUGCACGACCGCAAGGGCGCCGGUGCGCGCACGUUCCGCGGCGGCGAGAAGCGCGAGGCCAAGCUGUGGUGCACCCUCGGCGAGCUCGAGCGCAAGCCCGAGCACUACGAGCGCGCGUGGGAGGUGAGCGGCCACACGUCGUCGCGCGCCCAGCGCAGCCUCGGCGCCGUCUACUUCACGGCGGGCGAGUACGACAAGGUCAAGGUCGCGCUGCGCCUCGCGCUCGGCAUCAACCCGCUGUUCCCGAGGACCUGGUUCCUCCUCGGGUGCGCCUCGAUGCGCCUCGAGGACUGGGCCGGCGCCCAGGACGCGUUCGGCCGGUGCGUCGGCCUCGACGGCGAGGACUCGGAGAGCUGGAGCAACCUCGCGAGCUGCCACCUGCGGCGCGGCGAGCUCGAGGGCGACACGCGCGAGGUCGCCGCCGGCGGUGCCGCCGCCGAGUGGGACGAGGAGCUCGACGAGGCGCCGACGGUCCCGGACGUCGUCGCCGCCGACCCGUCUGCGCCUGCGGCUGUCGUCGCUCCCGGCGAGGAGGACGGUGCGGCACCCGUCGUCACGCUCCCGUUCUCGCGCAAGCGGGCCGCGUUCCAGUGCCUGCGCCAGGCCAUCAAGUACUCGUACGACUCGUGGCGCCUGUGGUACAACUACAUGGUCGUCUCGAUGGACGUCGGCGAGCUGAGCGAGGCGUGCCGGGCCCUCGAGCGCAUGGUCCGCAUGCGCAUCGACAAGGACGGUGAGAACGCCGUCGACCUCGAGGUCCUCGAGAAGCUCGUCGACGCCGUCACGCGCGGUCACGACGACGACGGCACGACGGCCUCGUCGGCAAACGGUGGCGGCGAGGUGAGCGUCAACCCCAACUUUGGCAAGGGCCUGUACCGCCCCGUCGCCCACCUCGUCGAGACGACCAUCCUCCCUCGCAUCAACGACUCGCCUCGCAUCUUCCGCGCCCACGCCCGCCUCGCCCUGUGGCAGGGCGACUACGCCGCCGCGCUCGACGCCCACCUCAAGGCGUACCGCGCCGGCGUCGUCACCGACUCGACGGUCGAGCACGACCGGGCCAAGUUCGUCGACGCGGCCGAGCAGGUCGACUCGCUCGUCAGCAUGCUCGAGAACUAUGGCGACAAGGAGCGCAAGGACGGGUCGGGCCUCGUCGCGCCCGACUGGAAGUUCCAGGCGAGGAGCCUCGUCAGGACGUUCCUCGGCCGGACUCGGAGCGCUUUCGAGGACGAGCCAGAGUACGAGCGUCUCAAGGAGCUCGUCAAGGAGUUGCGCUAGACGAGGCUCUCUCGGUUGUUGUAGACAGAUAGAUCUCGCACUGCAGCUUUUUCUACGAUC